GUUUAUGCGGAGGAAAAUGAAAUCGGCCAUGUCGUGGUAGCAACUCGAGGGGAGAACGAACGAGUAAGGUUGUUAACACCAGGCGAGCUCAAGAGAGGAGAUAAGUGGAAUAUUGUUCACAGAUUUGACGGAGGAGAACUUUUUCCUGCCGAAGAACGUUUUCUUUGCCAACUUAAGGUGUCCCCGCGGCAUUAAAAUUGAACACCAUGAGUGGAGGGACGCCUUACAUCGGCAGCAAAAUUAGCCUGAUCUCGAAGGCCGAGAUCCGAUAUGAAGGGAUUUUGUACACCAUUGACACCGAAAACUCGACUGUUGCGCUUGCAAAAGUGCGCUCCUUCGGCACUGAAGACCGCCCGACUGAGCGCCCGAUCCCGCCGCGCGAUGAGGUGUUUGAGUACAUCAUCUUCAGGGGAAGUGACAUCAAAGACCUGACCGUCUGCGAGCCGCCCAAGCCACCCGGCUCCCUCCCACAGGACCCCGCCAUCGUGCAGUCGUCCUUGGGUAGUGCGAGCUCCGCCGCCCCCUCGUUCCAGUCCUACGCCCCCUUCAGCCGGCCGCAGGUGCCCCCCUACAGCCAGUUCAGCGCCAGCCCCCUGGCCCCCACCCAGCCCUUUGGAGGCCGCAGUAGUCCUUCCUCUCUGGACGCGCUGCGUAAGAGUCCGUCUCUGGAGGCUGGAGUCCAGACGGCUCCUCUCUCCGGCCCCGCCCCUCCUCUCCCCGUGGGCCAGCGCAGCCCCGCACGCCCCAGCGCUACGGCAACCGCUACCCAGAAGCCCCCGGGAGGAGCCGGAGACGCCCUCGACCCGCGCAACCGAGGUGAUGGCCAGAAGCUUCCUCGUCCGGGUUCGGAGGGCCAGGGCGGCCGCAGUGGAGACCAGGACCCCAAUAAAGGUGGGAUGGCCAAUCGGAGGGGUCGUGGCGGCGGGCAUCGGGGGCGUGGGCGGUUUUCUGUGCGUCGCGACGGACCAAUGAAGUUCGAGAAAGACUUCGACUUUGAGAGUGCCAACGCCCAGUUCAACAAGGAGGAGAUCGACAGGGAGUUCCAGAGCAAACUGAAGCUGAAAGAUGAGAAGACUGGGGAGAAGCCGGCUGGUGAGAAGGCUCUUAACGGGGACGAGAAAGGGGCGGAGUCUAGCGGAGAUGCCGCCGCCCCCGCUGCGGGCUCCACCAAUGAGGGAACAGGAGGGGCGGGGCAAGGGGAGGGAGACUCGCUCACCCCCACCGUCUACUACGACAAGAGCAAAUCCUUCUUUGACAACAUCAGCUGUGACGACACCAGAAAAGCGCAGGAGAAGGCCUUCCCACGUGAGCGUCGUCAGACCUGGGCUGAGGAGCGUCGUAUGAACGCCGAGACGUUUGGUCUGCCGCUGCGUCACGGCCACCGGGGUCGCGGCGGGUUCAGAGGUCACGGAGGGCGCGGGGGCGGAGGCAUGGGAGGGUUCCGAGGGGGACGGGGCCGUUCUGCCAGCCGCGGCUCGUUCGGGCCCAUGCCCCCCCGCGGGGGCCCCGGAGGAUUAGGCCCCGCCCCCGGACUAGGACACCACGCCCCCGGAGGGUUCAGAGGAGGGUACCGCGGAGGACGCGGCGGACGAGAGUUCUCCGACUUCGAAUACAGGAAGGAUAACAAAGUGGCUGCGUAGUGUGUGGAGAAGAGGAGAGGAGAGGAGAGGAGAGGGGGAGGGGCUGUCAUAGAGGAGGAGAAGAGGAGAGGGGGAUGGAGGAGGAGGAGGAGGAGGAGAAGCCUAGCUCUUACUGGUCCACAUGUGCUUUGUCCCGCCUCCCUCCACCCCGUCACCCAAUCACGGCGUUCGUUGCUCUCGCGUAACCGACAGACAUCACAGGUGUCCCCGCAGCCCCUCUGUCUCCCUUUUUAAACACACACACACACACACACACACACACACACACACACACACACACACACACACACACACACACACACACACA